AAAUUACAUUGAUGAAUUUUUAUUUCUUAUUCCUAAAUGAAUGCAUUUUUCUGUCAGUUCUAUUGGGAAUUCUUUAUUGUUUUUUUUUUCCGCUGUCAUCCAUUAGUAAAUAGGAAAGAUGGCAGCAGAUUAUUGCGCUUUUUUCCCAUAUAUUCGCAAGGCAGACAUUUUUCUAAAAACUAAGUGUUUACUUUAAUAUUUCUGUUAGAUUGUCUUUAAACAUAGUGUACAUCAUAAUUUCCUGAAUGAAAUUUUGCGCGGUUUUCAUUUUUUAAAUGGGAUAUAGUGAAUAUUGAAAUAAACAUACAGUGAAAUUAAAUUUUUCAAUCUUGAUUAUCUUUAACAUAACGCGUGGUGUGUUCUAAAAGCGAAAAAAUAUUUAUUAAAGUGUAAACAAACAUAUGUGAGAUAUGAAAGCAAUCGAUGAAAUGGAACAAAGGGAUCUCCCACAGGCUUUUCGCCUGCUUGGGGAAAUGAAUGCUAAUGUCCUACAAGUAAACCAACUUGUAGAUAAUAUGUUGGUUCGUGUAAAAAAUGGAGAAAUUUCUACGGACAAGGGUCUUAGUUUCUUAGAAAUGAAAUAUCAUAUGUUACUUUCCUAUCUUAUUAAUUUAACUUACGUAGUUUUAAGAAAAUGUUCAGGUGAACGUAUCGAAGGUGACCCCUCUAUUGAUCGCCUUAUUGAAAUCAGGACAGUCCUAGAAAAAAUCCGACCAAUAGAUCACAAGCUAAAAUAUCAAAUAGAUAAACUUGUUAAGACUGCAGUAACUGGUACCACUAACAGUAAUGAUCCCAUUAACUUUAAAGCAAAUCCUGAUGCAAUAAUUGCUAAAAUUGAUAGUUUUGAUGAAGAGUCGGAUAGUGAUCAAGACGGCGAUGAAGAUGGUUUUAAAUCGUCUCAAAGCAGGAAAUCAAAUAUCUAUGUGCCACCAAAACUUGCUGCCGUUCACUAUGACGGAGAUGAAACAGCAGCAGAGAAGAUGCGUAAAGCUGGUGAAAGAGCCCGCAGACGUGCAGUCUCAGGUGCGGUAUUAAGGGAAUUGAAAGAAGAAUACCUAGAUGCACCAAUAGAGGAUGCACAAGGCUUAAUUGAAAAACAAGCUAGUUUGGGGCGUGAGAACAAGCGAAAGAUCGAAUACGAGGAGAACUACAUGACACGUUUACCUGUUACGAAACAAGAAAAACAUAGACGCCGUCAGAUAACAACUCUUGGUACUCUUGGUGAUGAAAUUACUAGUUUUGGAGAGACUUCAUCUGUACCAACUAAAACAAGAAAAACUCAGAAAAAGGGAAAAGCUAAAAGAAGUUUUAAGAAAAAACGGCACCACUAAAUCAGCUUUAUAGUAACUUAUAGAGCAGAGUUUCAUACAGCAUUAAUUAUUAAGGUAACGUGCAACAAAAUUUACUUAACUUCUUCUUGACAACAGCAGAUGCAACUAAUACUCGUUUACUAAAUAAUGCUAUAAUUCAUAACAUCUAGUAAUGAAAGACUACCAUCGAUGGUGAAGUAAAAUAGCACGAUGGUAAUUUAUUACUGUAUAAGACAUACUAAUGGUCGUGUAAUUAAUACUUAUAGUUAAUACUGAUUUUAACCUUUAACUGUUGUAUGAAAUCAAUUUUUAUCUGUGGAGUUGAAAUAUUCCAUCAAAAAGAAGAAAUAGUAUAUUGGUAUGAGAGGAAACACAGUUCCAAUAAUAUAUGUGAGAUACAUACGAGCUUAAUUUAAUAAAACAAAGAUUCUCAUCAUGUAUAUGGUUAAGAGACUAAUGGAUUUCGGCUCCAAGAUCUAAAAUUGUAAGUUAAGCAUAAAAGUUGAAAGUAGGCAAUGGGUCUGCUUUAUUUUGAGAUAUUCUCCAGCUAUAAAUAAUGGAAUCAAUAACAUAGCAGGAGGAAUGAUAUUGAAUUAAUUGUUACAAAAGCGUAAAAAUCACAAGACAUUCAGUGCAAAGUUACGAAAUUCGUGUUUAACAAGGAAGAAUACUGUUUAGGAACUGCAAAAAUUUUGCAACUUCUACGAAUAAUGAUUCAUUGUAUGAUAUCGCAUGUCUUAGGAUUUUCUCGCUGUCUAGUGUAGUAAAGUAGUUACUAGUUUAACUAUUAAAUGUAUGUUUCGUUUGUGUUUUUCCCCUGGUGAACUGUUGAGGCUAUUACAUCUUGAUGUGAAUCAUAUUUUAUGUUAAGUUUCUUUUAGCAAUGUAUUUAUACAUUGUAAUUGUUAUUUUAACUAAAAAUUAAUUUCAUUAAGUGGUUAAACUUAUAUUAAAUAUAAUAUAAGGAUAACGUAAUCGUGUCAAAAUUCAAAAUUGAUAUGGUAAAUUUCUGUAGUACUGUUUAAGUUUGCAGUAUUUAGUUUUUAAGGAGGGGGAACAUGUUACGUCGAAGUACAAACUAAUAAAGGAAGACUAGAGCGAAAAUCACUUCUGCAAUAGUGAAUAAGACCUGUACAAUCAAAUCGCGGGAUAUAUUUAGCUCUUGCGCUUGAAUAGGUUCCAUUUUUUAAAUAUUACUAAAUGAGAUUACAGGGUGACUUUUUCAUAUUAAAGGAGAACUACCUCCUUUAAAAUAAAAGAAAUGCAAUAUUGUGUAGAUUUCUAACACAGUUCACGCUUGGGUAUGAGUGUCCAUUGCUCGUUCCUGCAGAAGUGAUCCGCAUUACCUUUGAGAGUGUUAAUUCGCUAUAUGCUGACCAAGAGCUCAACCAUCCAUAGAUGUUAUAUUUUUUACAGAAGUGUUCAUAGAUUGAGCUAUCUUGGUAAGGCAUGAUGUUACAUGUGCCUCCUCUUUUCUAAUCUGUGAAAAUGAUUAAAAUGUGAUAAAUUAUUCAUGAAAUAAUAUGUAAAAAAAAACUAACAAAAUAGCACAAUUGCUGGGCAUUAUUUACAAGUGCUAGCAAGCCUAAUGUCAGCAGCCUUGUCGUAUUUGGUAAUGAAGUUGAAAUACCGAAUAGCGGAAAAAUUUUGAGAUAAUUUGUGUUAUAACACUUGCGUGUGAACAUGAAUGAUUGCAAGUGUAUGUAUAAUGUUGCUCUACAUUUUAAGGAAACAAAAGUAUAAACGCAAUUAGUUUCAAGAUUUGUCCGUGAUUUGGAUUUUUCAUACUCCAUGCAUAGACGAUAAUUUUCUAAGCACCCUUACAACUAAGAGAUCUAUGAGCCCAGAACAAAUUUAUAGUAUACACAGUCUGUUUCAAUCAAUCAACUAUUUUCAUAUCACCACGAACUAUAUAUAUAUAUAUAUUUACGCCGAAAGAAAUAUUAUUUACAAUAAUAAUAUGAACUGGGAAACUUGUAGAAUAGUAUAAAUUCAAUAAAUUUUUUUUAAAUACUAGCAAUAUAAUCGUCAAUGUUUUGGGCUUGUAGUAAGAGAGUAUGGGUGUAAAAAAGAUAUUCAUAUGAGACACAUAUCCGCACACAACAUAUAGCAGCAAGAUAAUAGGAUUAUAUUGAAUACACUACCUCAAAUCAAUAGAAAUAUGGAGUUACAGUAAUGAAACUGUAACAGUUUCGUUUACAUCACUAUGUCAUUUUUUAUUAUUUAGAUAUUUACUGAUACUGAGAUUUUUUUAGUAGAAUUCUUCAGCUUGUUGUAUUAUAUUUAAAAAAUAUAUAAAGUUUAUUCUACUUAAAAUUGAAUUCUUUUCAUAUGUUCUUGUAUCUACAUAGUAGAUAAGAUAUGAUUGAUCUAUGUACAGAAAGACUUAAGGAAUGUAAACGUUACUGUAAACAGUGAUUUUAAAGUAGUUCUUCAAAUCCAACAAUGCUGCCGAAUACAAAAGAAACAAAAUAUCUUUGCAGCAGAGUCAAGAUAGGAAUAAUUUAUUGACUACAUUCAUAGUCUGAGAAAAUAUAAUGUUUCAUUUAUUGGUAAAUUUUCUAUAAUUUAUGUAUUAUGAAAAUUCAACAUGUAAGAGAGUUUACCUGUAUAUUACAAAUGGUUAUUAUGAAUGAA